AUGCCCCACAUCUGGCAGCAGGACCAGCGGGCUGUGGGGGACACUUUCUGCCCCAGCACAUCUGGGCUGGGAGAGUUCAGGUCCCAGUGGAUGAAGACCAUGAGAAGCAACAGUGUUGUCCUGGAGCCCGAGGCUCAUCCCCACCACCACGUGCCCGCCCGGCUCACUCGGUGCUUUCAGGUAGCAGCCCGGGUCUUGGGUGUGACUCCUCCCGGCGGAGGCAUCCUUGCCGCUUCUCCCUCCGUGCUGCCUGCUCCCAGUGUGCCCGGCCCACGGCCCACUCGCCCGCCCGGGGAGGGGAGCUCCAGCCCCCAGGGGCGAGGGAGCGGCUUCAGCGGCCCUCCCGCUGCCUUCCCCGUGCUUCUGCGAUGGGGGGGCCCCACACCCCUUGAGGGGACCCCUGUCCUUGUAGAAGGACAGCCCUCCAGCCCAGCUCCGCUCCUGCCUGUGAGAGGACGGAGGGCACUCUGCUCGCCGUGCCGGCGUGCCGUCCUCUGCCGUCACCACGGCCCCGGCUUGGUGGGAACACGCUCCCUCACCAGCUCUGGUUCUCCUCAUGGUUAUCGUCGCAGGCCUCGAGCUGCUUGUCCCCAGACCCUCGAUGUCAGGACACGUCCGUCGGGAGAAGCGGGGAACGCACAGGUCCCCCCGUGGAUUGCAUUGCUCAGUGCACUUUCAGCUGGACACGAGAAUCCACCACCGGCUGACCCCUUCACAGCCCCGAGAGCGGUUCCUCAGUUACCUAGGGCUUCUCUGAGUUUGCGAAUCUCACCGAGACAGGUAAACCUUACAAGCACGGCAGUAGAUUUGCCUGUCUUAUGA